CUGUUUUCUGUGACUCGGAUACUGUGACAGUAAAAUUUAGUUCUGAGUAUUUCGUUUCCAAUAUUCCAGUUGAUCUGAAAAGUAAAUUUUUAUCGUUGAAUUUCAUUUUUUUAGUGUACCUAGUGAUUAGUGUACGUUGUGUGUGAUUAAUUCAUUUUAGCUGUUCUUAUGGAGUUUUUAAUUUUAAGAUUGAAUAACAAAAUUUACGAUGUUUGAGGUUUCACUGUUUACUGUCUACGUUGCUGAAUAGCUUACCGUUACCUUCGGAAAAAUUGGUUAAUUCUAUUUGUUGGUGUAGUUAAUUAGUUUUUCAUUUUUUGUAGAUAGUAAGUGACUCAAUAAAAAUAAAGGUAAGUAAAUUAAAUUAAUGGCUGAUCAAUUCUUGCAAAUUGAAGAAGUAACGUCUGUUGUGUGGAUGGACAAUGUCGUCUGUAGGAUCGCCUCUUCAUACAUCAAGUCAACAAACAGUUGAGCUGAAGUGAUCUAGUUGUUCUAGAAUUCAUCCGUUCGAGUGAUUCUAUAUCUCGGAGGACUCGUGUCAUUCGCGUGCGUGCCUGCCACUCACGUCGUGCGGUUAUUCAGGUGGCAGUUGACCUAUAUUUAUCGAACUUUAUUUCGGUGUCGGAACAAACUAUGUGGCGCCGGAACGAGUUCGAGAAUGUACGCCUCUCAAUUAUUUUAAGCGUCCGGUCGAAAAUGAAAGAACCAUCGUCGCCCGGUGUCUCCAGUCGGAAAAGUCGGUGGAAACUUUCGGUGUGGUCCGGCACGCUCGGAGCUGAUUCGUGAUCUCUCGAGAUGUCGACACAAUUUACGCUCCCGUUUUCGUCUUUCCGAAUUCAUUUUAAUUUCGGCGUUAUGUUUCAAUGCUCGGUCGGUUCGGCUUGUUCAGUUUUCGGCCAGUGAAAUCCGCAAAAAUAUGGACUUGGCUGUAUGGUUUGGUAAGACAAUGUCGUCCAGUUCGCGCCGUUUGAGUAUGGAAAGAUCCCGUCUGCGAAUGGACAGCUACUCUUCAAAUGCCGGCGGAAGAUCUAGAAACUCUCCUCCUCGACGAAGAGAACUUGACAACGUGAUGAAGAAAGCUCGCAAGGAAGGGCCUGACAAGAGCAGCUAUUGGAAUAAGAAGCUUUUGGAAGUCGAGGAGAAAGAUCCCAACAGAUGGAGACACAGCGGCUUCAAGGAGCUGUACGGCGGGGCCGGGGGUGGAGAGGGUGCGGAAGGGGGGAGAGGGGGGAGCCGAUCGCGCAGCAGAUCACGCAGCUUGAGACCGCGCUCCCCUCCCCCCUCCAGUGCGCGCGCCUCAUCGCCCUGGAAGAGCAAGGGGGGGUCGGGGUCAGGGAGAGCGCGGUCCCCCAAGACACGACCCAAGUCGCCGCCCGCCCGCUCAAAGCCAAGCAAACGACCUACCGCACCGCCUGCUAGGGCAAGAUCGGAAAGCUUGUCCUCCGGAUCUGUAAGCAGCUGCUCGGAUGAAUCAUGCUCGGUUUGCUCACCAAAAACCAAAAGAAGACCUCCACUUCCAAAAGACAAGGAGCGUGAGCGCGAGAGAGACAAGGAAAAGGACAGGGAGAAAGAGCGAGAACAACGGGAAAGGGAGAGAGAAAAAGAGAAGGAAAGAGAGAGGGACAGGGAAAUGCGAGAGAAGGAAAGAGAGCAGCGGGAGCGGGAGCGUGAACGUGAGAGAGAACGUGAAAGGGCCAAGGUCGUAGAGUCACCUCGGCCCGGCCUACGCUCAAGGUCUCGUUCAUUUUCGGUGCCAAGAUCCAAGCCCGAAAAGCCACGACGCAAGACCAAGCAGAGGAAAAGAGACAAGGAAAAGGACAAACGCUCGAAAUCAUCAUCCAAGCAGUCGAGCAGUCGACGUCGCCGGCCGACGAUCAAGGUGGAGCGUUCUGAUUCUGAGCGGUCUUCGUCGGAGUCGGGAGGACCACGACUGACCCUGUCGGAGCGCUUCGGCAAGAUGGCGCAGUGGUCGGUCGAUCGCGACACGGAGCUGCACCGCAACCUGCGCAUCACCGCAGGCGACCAGCUCCAUGUCGAGAUGGACAGUCCGACUGAGCCUCCCUCAGCCGCCGCCGCCGCACUCCCAAACAGAGGUAUUGCCUCAUUUCCGGAUGGAGCUUGGGAUGAUGUGAGGUUCCGCUACACUCAUUACAAAGAACAAGGAUAUCUGCGAGAUCUAACACUGCAGGACUAUAUCAAGUGGGAGGAGUGGUGGUAUAAAUACCAGGAUUGGCUCGAGAACGAACGCUGCUAUGAUCGGUAUCACAUGUACAGAAGAAGACUGUGAGAUAAAGCGCUUAUAAAGUUAUAUGAAUUAUAUUAUUUAUUUAUUCAAUUAAUACAAUCUCAACUUUUAACAAGUUGAGUACGGUAUUUAUUUACUAUUUACUAAUUCUCAGUUUUAGUAAGGAAUGCCAUCCUGUAAUAUAUGAAAAUUAAGAUAUCAAUGUGUACUAUUUGUAAGCUUUAAAUUAUUGCAUACUAAUGUGAUGAUAAAUUCUUAUUUAUAAGUAAUGUGAAACUAGUUGAAUGAACAUUUUCAAUCACUAUCAAUUAUUAUAAUAUUAUAUCAUGACAAAAAUAUCACUUCAACUAGAUUUAUGUUAUUGUCCACUCUAGAUGAAUAUUUGCAUACGCGUAUUGAAUUGGCAGUGUAAUCUUGGCCUGCAUAAGAAUAAUAUAUCCACUAUAUUUAUUUAUUUCAUACAAACAUUAAUUUAUAUACCUCCAAUGAAUGUGUUGAAUUAUCCUGUAUGUAUUAGGUUUCUCAUUAUGUCUACUUUCGAGUUUAUCUAGCCAUAGAA